UAUUUUUUCGGCGGGUUCAUGGCUGGUGCCAUUCGUUCAUUUCAGUAUCGGGAAAAUGUUUACAUUCGUUGUCAUCCGCGUCCGGGACUGACAGCUCAUUCGGACGGUUCGGACGCGUAAACUUCGAAAAAGUUGAACCUCGGUGAUAAUUUUUACGAUAAUUCGCGUAUUUUGUGCAAUUUUGUGAACAUUUGGUGUACCAGUGGUGCUCAAUUGUCGGUCGAUAUCAGUGGAUCUGCUGUUGCAGCUUGGACAUUGUGAUUUCGGCCGUUUUACGGAUUUAUUCUAUACGGACUCUCGGGUGUUUGGUUUGUUUACGGUUUUCGCGUCUCUGCCGAGAUCGAUUUCGCGUUUAGUGUUUUUUUUUCGUUUCGGUCGUUUGUCCGCGGUUUUCGUCUCGUAUCGGAAGUUUGAAUUAAACUUAAAAGAUGCCGCCUCGCAAAAAGUCAACAAGUAGCACGGAAUCCAGUACCGCCAGCUCAUCGGAUUCGAGUUCCAGCGAUAGCAGUUCCAGUGGAAGCGAUUCCGGGAGUUCCAGCAGCGAGAGUGAUUCCUCUAGCUCUCAGGAACCAACCACCACUCGGAUGACCGCGAGUAACACUAAUGUUCCGAAAGCGAACGAAAAAGUUGUUCGUCGUAGAAGCUCGGAAACGGCGACAUCGGCAGCUAAGCAACACGUUGCAGCAGUAGCGACAGCCGUGGGAAAGGAAGUCGAAAAAGCCGUUCCCCAGAAGCAGGCGAAUCCAGCGAAGCAGCAAAAACUUUCCAAAAGUUCCGUUUCCUCGAGUGACGAUGAUCUUGCGGCGGAUAGCAAGGCAACCAUUCCGCCUCCGAUCGUGCAAAAGAAGGUGCAACAAGCGGAAGCAGCUAAAAAGCGAGCCCAAGAGAAGCAAGCCGGUGGCUCCCAUGGGAACGCUCCGACCGCAAUUGUUCCCCCGAUUACCGGCGGAAAGGUUCCUCCCUCGGUGAUCAAGCAACAGCAACAAGCCCAACAGCAUGCCCAGCAACAUAAAACGGCUCCCAUGACCAAGGCUGCGGCCAAAGCGACCAUCUUGGCAAAGGAUGCCGUCGUCAAAGGCAAUCCGGCCCCGGUUGCGAAGAAAGGUCCAAGCCCGGCACUUUCGGCUCCCGCUACGAAGGCCAAGAAGAAGAGCAUUUUUUCGCCGGUUAAUUCAUCCGAGUCGGACGAUGAUAAUAAGGAAAAACAUGAACAGAAGGAUCGUCGCACGUCCAGUUCUAGUUCGGUGGGAGUUGCGGGAGCCGGGGCUGCAGGCGGCCAAGCAUCUCAGCCCAACAAAGAGCAACCAGCUUCUGGAUCUCAAUCGUUGGGCGGUGGAACAACCGCCCAACAGCAACGAGGCCGUGGCCGCCCACGCAAGACUCCAGCGGCUGCUCCAACAACCGGUCCCGUAACGAAACCAGUCGCCCAAGUCAAACCGCAAGUUUCAGCAGUCGCUGCCGCCUCAAAGAUGACUGCCACAACGGCUGCAAUCGCGAAGCACUCGCAGUCACAAAAACCAGAAGAAGACAUUUCUUCGGCCACCACAUCCUCAACGGAAUCCACAACAUCCGGCUCGUCCGAUUCGGAUUCGGACUCAUCGGAGGAUUCGACACCGUCGGCUUCGGCUGCCCAGCAGCUAAAGAAGAGCAACAGUGGCGUUAAGCGCCCCUUGGAACGCACUCCACAAAAGUCCGAAGUCAAGGAAGGUGCCACGGAUUCCGAGGGCGAGAAAGGAGAUCCGAACAAGCAAACUCGCAAGCUAACUAGAUCGUCCAGCACUCGGAAGUCGAAGCACCUUAUCGGAAAGAAUGCUUCAGAGACGGACUCGGAUGCAGACAGCGUUAAAAGAUCGGCUUCCAAAAGUCCCGUUAAGAAAGCACCAAUCGUUGCCACUAAGGGCAAAGCUAAGAACAGUAGUAAGAAAAAGGACGCCGUCGUCAAGGAGUUGCUCGUUGAGGAACCGGAACCGGAACCAGUGGAAAAUCGCUGUCCGCUGUUGCAUUGCGACUCGACUGGUCAUUUGGGCGGUCAGUUCGAGCGUCAUUUCACCCUGGAAGCUUGCCCCAUGUUCCAUAACAUGUCGGCUCAACAGACUUCAGAUUUUCUCCAGGAACGGAAACGCCGAGAGGAGGACCGAAAGAAGGCCGUUCCGGUAUAUGAGAACUCCAAGAAGGUCCAAACCCCGGAGCAGAAAAUCUACAUGCAAAAGAUUCGCGACAUGCGUGCUAAGUUCAAACCUAAUCCUCCACCGGUGGAAAAACCUCGACCCAUGUCCGAGCGGCUAGAGAACGAGAUCGAUCUGGAGCCUCGGUUGGACGGAAUCGUUCCCGAUUACGAUCUGCAGCUGUUCCGCGAGGCUCAAGCAGCAGCCAGUGAGAGUUUUGAGAAUGAAGUGCGGGAAAUGGUUACCGGUAAGGGCACCCGAUACAUCUCGAUGGGACGGAAUUGCAUGCAAGUGUGGUAUCAGAGUCCCUACCCGGACGAUGUGGCCCGGCUGCCAAAGCUAUAUUUGUGUGAGUUUUGCUUGCGAUACCAGAAAUCGGAGGUGGGCAUGAAGCGGCAUGCUGCCAAGUGCGUUUGGAGACAUCCGCCUGGUGAUGAGAUUUACCGCAAAGGCAAGCUCGGUGUCUGGCAGGUCGAUGGUAAACGGCACAAACAGUAUUGCCAGCACUUGUGUUUGUUGGCCAAGUUUUUCUUGGAUCACAAAACGCUGUACUACGAUGUGGAACCGUUCCUGUUCUAUGUGAUGACACUGGCCGACAGCGACGGAUGUCACACCGUGGGGUACUUCAGCAAGGAGAAAAAUUCCUUCCUGAACUACAACGUGUCCUGCAUACUGACGUUACCCCCUUAUCAGCGCAAGGGUUACGGGCGGCUGCUAAUAGAUUUCAGUUACAUGCUAACACGUGUUGAAGGAAAAAUUGGAUCACCGGAAAAACCUUUGUCCGAUCUGGGGCUGAUCUCAUACCGAUCCUAUUGGAAGGAUGUACUGUUGGCGUACCUGUGUUCCCGAGCCGGCACCACGCUCAGCAUAAAGGAUAUAUCACAGGAGAUGGCCAUCAAUUCGUACGAUAUCGUCAGCACACUCCAGGCCCUCGGCAUGAUGAAGUACUGGAAGGGCAAACACAUCAUACUGAAAAAGCAGGACGUUCUCGAGGAGUACGAGGAGCGGGUCAAGCGACGUGGUAACAUGCCCAAGAUCGAUCGCAGCUGCCUAAAGUGGACGCCGUUCGUUGCACCGACCCCGUCCAGCCCGAGCUCCUAGCGCCAGUCGUACCACCACCAUCAUCUUCACCAUCACCAUUUGCAUCCGCAGAACCAUCCCUACCAUUACUACUAUCAGUCGCAUCCGUCGUACAACAAUCAUGGCUAUCAUUACAACAAUCACCACCAUCAUAACAACAAUAACAAUAACAGUUAUGGUGCCAACUAUAACUAUAUGGCGGCGAGUGCCCUGCAGUGAGUACAUCUGGAUGGGGAUGGGAGCGAAUUUUAACGAGAGUUUUAUCAAGUGGGAAUGUGCAUGUGAAAUUAUCUGACAUAGAAUUAGGAACGCGCAAUUGUGAAUAAGCUUAACAGUAAUGAUAGAUGUCUAAUAUUUAAUGCAUUUCGUAUUAGUCUGUACAAAUUAGGAACUGAAGUGAUGUUCAUCUAAUAGAAAUAAGCCUAGGAAAUAAGCUGUGUAUUGUGUAGUGUAAAAGAUCUAUAUUUUUUUUGCUAUAGGUUAUGUUACCAUAUCUGUCUACAUUUUUUAUUGAAAAAAUAAUGGUACUCUGAAAGUUUAUACAUGCUCUGCUCAGACUGUUGCAUGAGGACACCGAUUAAAAUAUUCACCUUGUAGAUAUGGACAAUGAUAUUUUGAAACUUUCUUAUUCCUAUGUCCAACAAGGUAGUUGUUUUUUCAAACAAAAAAAAAAUGAUUUGUUAACGUUUUUGAACUAGGAAAAUAGACAUUAAUUUAGCUCAACUCGAUCUUUUCGUGGUAAAAAAACAUCCUUCCUUGCUUCAUAAUAGGACCAAAAAUGAUAUCUUUGUUAUUUUCUAAAUAAUUUUUCAAUAUUUUUAUAUGAAACCAACCGCUUCCAGUUUUUGAGCUUCAAAUUCUGGCUGGUAGGGUAUGUGUCCCAUCAGUAAUCUCACUCUCCCAUAUUCAUCCUAUUCGAAAACAAGCGAUAAUGAAGUGCUCACUUCUAACAAAAAAUACAAAAAUAUGAAACAAAACAAACAAAGCUUCAAUUCUUUGUUUUUCGUAGGAUGGAAAUGGGAGUCUCAUGCCUAAUAAGGGAACCAAUACCCUAUCAUUUUUUUUUUAAUUUGCGUAAUAACGUACCGUUGAUGGGGGUGAGAAUGGGUUAACAAAGUAUAAUGCCACCACGUUCAUUGUUUAAUAACUUUCGUUUCUUUGCAUGUAAAAGUCCUUUGAUCAUUGGAAUGUGAUCUUUAAACAAAUGAUGAAAAAAUAUUUGCAGUUUGUCAAUUUUCCUCAAAACCACAACUGUGUGAAAAUUUUUCCCAUUCUUACCCCUUAUCAAUUUUAGAACAAUUAUGCCAGGAUUUUCGUUUUUGACAGAAAGUUUGAGGUAAAAUUGCACCACUACUUCUAAAUAUUAUGAUUGUGAUCUUUUUAAGAGCUAAAUUAAUUUAGUUCAGCUAGAAAGUGUUCAAUUUAAUUGUUUUAGACAGACACUGAGAACAUAAUCUUAAAAAUAGUAUGAUCGUAGACAGAUAGAAAAUUAGUAUAAUUUAUGUGAUAGUAUUUAAUAACUGAUAAGCAUAGAAAUUAGUAAAGUGUAUUAAAAUGAUGUUCAAGAAAAUACCUUAACGUAUACAUGUGCAAGAUAUCUUCCAAUCUUCGUGGAAACACACCAUAGGAUAAUUCGCACUCUGACUAAACUGUAAAUCUCUUAAUAUGCUUACGGUAUCGGCCAAACCACUUUCCACAAUCAGAUCAAGCGUUGAUUCUCAACGACAAAACCCCACAGACAAGCGGAAACCUUUUCAAAAAUAAACGAUCCGUCAUUUAAAAUUCAA